CAUGCGCACCGUCGUCAUGACAACGCCUGCGCGGCGGCCUCGGAGUGAAAAGGAGCAUGUGGGGCAGCGGGAAGGAGGCCGCCUGCGCGGGGCCCGGGUCCUCCCUUCCCGCUCCCACUACGACCCCUAAUCCGUCCUGGGCCCUGGCCGACGGUAGUGCUCCAGAAGUUAUUGGCCAUCUCCAGGAAAAUUAUUAUAAUCUCUGUAUGGAAAAGUCCCAGAAAAUUAAUUCUUUUAUAUUGCAUAUACUCCAAGAACUGGAUGAAGAAAUUGAAAAGGGAUCAGAAGGAAUCACAUUAAACAUUGCUGGUAACAGUUGCUUAAUGCCAGAAGAAAGAGUAACAGGUGAAGAUUUUUGGAUUCUUUUCAGAAUUUUAAAGAAGAAUCCAUAUAUUAAUGGUUUGGAUGUUAGAUAUAACUUCAUAAGUGAUGUUGGUGCAUACUAUGCUGCAAGACUGCUUCAGGUAUUUUACUACAAAAUGUUCUUAGUUCUUUUUGUUUUCUUCCAGGAGUCAGUUAAGAACCAGUCCUUUUUCUUUGGAAUGUACAGGGUUUGA